CUUUCUCUCAUUCCGAACGGGGAACUCCGACCCGGAUCUGGCUCCGGGAGGCAAUUCCUGGGUGAGAAAAUACGUUUCUAGGGCGAGAAACCGGAGGGAUAGGUACAAGAACCAGCUUCAGGAGCUGGCGCAGAGGAGCUGUUUCAAUCUGCCGUCAUACACGUGCAUCAGAAGGUCCUAUCAAAAUUUAACGGCGAGAUCUUCGAAAGACUGACCAUGAGCCAUGGUAGCCCAGGUCGAAGGACGAUCCGACAAAGAAGCAGCCCAUCAUUGCAAACUUGGGGCCAGCCCGCUCAUUCCAUUGGCGAGUUAAGACGAUUGAACCGGUUCGCACGCUCCAUCCACCUACUGGUCAUUGGAGACGGUGACCGACUGGUGCUGAAAGCACUCUCGUCCUCUUCCUCUCUCCAAGACCAAACCAUCCUUAAACCUAGUUUUCAGUUUUCUCCACUGCGCUCCAACGAAUUCCGAAAUAUCGCCCCCCAUAUCUUACCCAAUGUCGUCCGAUUCGAGCUCCUCCACAUCCAAUGACGGCUCCACUGACCAAAACCCUAACCCUAGCCCCACAGCCAAACCCCUCGACUCCCUUCAAGAUCGCUUGGCCUCGAUCGCGUUGACUGAGCCCAACGGCGGCGCCGAAUCGCCAUCGGAUCAGGGGCCUCAAGCCGGGGUCGCAAACGGAUCGUUCAGUGAGGAGAUCCAGGAAGUGGUUCAGAAUAAUCAAGCUGCUGGCAGUGAGGCGGUGGUUGAAGAGGUGAGUGAGAGCUUCACUCAUGGAGUGGUGUGGAGGGACAAUUCGGAGCAUGAAGUUGAUGCGCCUUCCAGCCCUAGCAGUAGCGGCUAUGCUGGGGAACGGGGCAGUAGUAGUGCGACGAGUGAGUCUGGGAUUGGGGAGGGUGGUGAAGAUGAAAUUCGCGAAGUUAGGAAUGAUGAUUCCGUUGAUGGGGUAUCGGAUUUACAGCAAUCGUGGGUUCCAGGGAAGCGUCACGUCGAUGAGGACGAUGCUUCUAUUUCAUGGAGGAAAAGAAAGAAGCACUUUUUCAUUCUGAGUCACUCUGGGAAACCAAUAUAUUCCAGAUAUGGAGAUGAGCACAAGCUCGCAGGAUUCUCAGCAACAUUGCAAGCUAUCAUUUCGUUUGUGGAGAAUGGGGGAGAUCGUGUCCAAUUAAUAAGGGCAGGAAAACACCAGGUGGUUUUUCUAGUGAAAGGACCAAUUUACUUAGUUUGCAUCAGCUGUACAGAAGAGCCUUACGAGUCAUUAAGAAGUCAGUUGGAGCUUAUUUAUGGUCAGAUGCUACUUAUUCUGACAAAGUCAGUAAAUAGAUGUUUUGAGAAGAAUCCAAAGUUUGAUAUGACCCCUUUGCUCGGAGGAACAGAUGUUGUCUUCUCUUCUCUCAUUCAUUCUUUCAAUUGGAACCCAGCUACAUUUCUUCAUGCAUACACCUGUCUUCCCCUUGCUUAUGCGACAAGGCAAGCUUCAGGUGCCAUAUUACAAGAUGUUGCUGAUUCAGGCGUCCUUUUUGCAAUACUAAUGUGUAAACACAAGGUCAUUAGUCUUGUCGGUGCACAAAAAGCAUCUCUUCACCCUGAUGAUAUGCUGCUGCUUUCAAACUUUGUUAUGUCAUCUGAAUCAUUUAGGACAUCCGAAUCUUUCUCACCAAUUUGCCUGCCAAGAUAUAAUCCCAUGGCAUUUUUAUAUGCUUAUGUCCAUUAUCUUGAUGUUGACACAUACUUGAUGUUGCUUACUACUAAAUCAGAUGCUUUCUAUCAUCUCAAAGAUUGCAGGCUUCGUAUUGAGACGGUGCUUUUGAAGUCAAAUGUUCUCAGCGAAGUUCAGAGAUCCCUGCUAGAUGGUGGGAUGCGUGUGGAGGAUUUGCCUGUUGAUACAUCUCCUCGCUCUGGUAUUUUAUCUGCUCAUUUAGGCCAGCACAAACUUCCAACAGAUUCUCCAGAAACAUCUAGGGAAGAAUGUAUUGGUGUUGGUGGUCCUUUUGGACUUUGGCAUUUCAUAUAUCGCAGUAUAUAUCUGGAUCAGUAUGUAUCUUCGGAGUUCUCACCACCAAUUAACAGUUCCAGACAGCAGAAAAGAUUAUAUAGAGCUUACCAGAAGCUUUAUGCUUCCAUGCAUGAUAGAGGAGUGGGCCCCCCCCAUAAAACACAGUUUAGAAGGGAUGAAAACUAUGUUCUCCUCUGCUGGGUUACCCCGGAGUUUGAACUUUAUGCAGCAUUUGAUCCACUUGCAGAUAAGGCCUUGGCGAUACGGACGUGCAACCGGGUCUGUCAAUGGGUAAAGGAUGUGGAAAAUGAGAUUUUCUUGUUGGGAGCAAGCCCCUUUUCAUGGUGAUUUUCUCAAAUAUUUUGUAACACAGCAUGGACUCUAUAGUUAAUUUUGUUUUUCUAAUAAAAUACCUCAUAUUUAUCAUUAUUAUUAUUGUUAUAAAAGAAAUCACCAUGAUUUGUAUCCUCUUGUUGUCAACCCCGCUUGUAUACAAAAGUAUAUUGAAUAAAUUAUCUGAGGCGGUAUUCAUUUCAGUAA